UAAAGUUUUGGAGGGUUGAGUAACCCCGUGUUACUCAACAGCAUCACACAUCUGAAACAUUACUGUAUCAUUUCUCAAUUUCGACAAGACAGUUUGAAGGAGUGUCAGCUAAAGUCCACGCGCACGUCCACCUGCAUGACCAAAGAGAAAUACAAAGACGGGUGUCAUCAAAGAAGAAGAAGAAGAAAGUGGAAACUUAAGAUGGCAGUGCAGAAACACUUUGUAAACUCGUGUCGGAUUUGUGGAUAAUGUAUUUCAGCAAGUCAUUAUAACUCUACAUGAACCGUCUCACGGGAUAUGAGCUGACAGUGUUUUUCAUGUACGCACAUCACUUUGAUCGGGAUGUUUUCAAAAGGAAAAUGUGAGGUGAAAUAUGAAUUAUUGGACAAUGCAUCAGAAUCAAAUCCUUCUUCUAUCAAGAGGAGUUGUUUACCCAAGAUCUCUACUUUCAUUUUGGGUUUGGUUAUUCUCAUGUAUAUCUUAUUUAUUUUUCCCAAAAUACGAAAAGAAAUCUCUACACAGUACAGAUAUCCCAAACCAAUUGGACCAAAGCCAAAGAAUCAUGAAGCAGCUACAAAAAGUCCUCCCCCCUCAAAAGUGUGCAAUGUCGAAGUGGAAAAUGGCCCUUUGGUCAAAGUCGGCAGUUAUAGAACAUAUGUGAUCGCCUCUUACAUGGAUCAUCGUUACGGACCCAGGCAAAUAACGUCUGUUGCCAUCGCCCAUCGUUAUGAGGAUGUGCCUUACCAUUGUAUGAUGUGUUGUGAGGGGGGGAACAUUUCUUCAACCAGAGCCUGGCGUUCAAUUCAUAGCGACCACUAUAACUUUGACUAUGGCACUGCUGAUAUUUCAUGCAAAUUCAGUCCUGACUGUUCUUCACCGACACAUGUGGCAAUCACAUCCAGUGACCAAGCUGGGAGUAUAACGUCCUUCCAACCAAUCCAAAAUCUAGUAAUUCCAAAAUCUUUCCCUUUCAACUUUACAGUUUGCAUCUCUGUAAUGUUCCACUACAGCAAAGUGUUGAAUGUAAUCCAGGCUAUGGAGAUGUUCAAACUGCUUGGAGUCCAAAGGGUGGCGAUCUACAUAUCCAGCUGCAGUUCAGAAACGCAGAGGGUUCUCGACUACUACGUGAAAAUGGGUUUUGUUGAGCUCAUCCCAUGGACCGUUGAAGAUUACAUCAAAGUGUCUAUGGGAUGGCAGAAAGAUAAAUCUCCAGGGGAAUUGCAUUACCACGGACAAGUGCCUGCACUCAAUGACUGUGUCUAUCGAUAUAUGUAUCAAAGCCACUAUGUGGCCUUACAGGACCUAGAUGAACUCAUUUUGCCUUUGAAUGUAAAAACCUGGACUGAACUGUUGCAAGAGCUGGAGAAGAUGCACGGCACAGAGGUGGGUUUUGAGUUCGAGAACAAUGUGUUUCCGUUCACGGCUAAAGCUCAAAUGAAAUAUGAUCAGAAAAUCUGGGAAAAGAUAGAGGGAAUAAAUGUUUUAAAAUAUGUUGACAGAAUACCUGUUAACCCCCAUGUGUUUAACAACAUCAAAGUUAUAGUGAAUCCUCGCCUGGUUCUCGAGGCUACUGUACAUGGCCUGCUAAAGACUGUAAACGGACACUCUACAGUCAGAGUAAACCAUGACAUUGCACGCAUGUACCACUCGAAAAACAUUGAUUACCCAUCAGACACAAAGCUUAUAAGAGAUGAACGUCUCUUGGAAUACGCAAAAGAUCUAAUACCAGCUGUUUCUAAAGUUUUACAGGACUGUGGAUUCAUUAAAAUGUAAAUGCCACAAUAUAGAUUUUUAAUUGUCAAGUAAAUUAAAAAUGAUAAAAUAAUGUGAUAUUAAGCGACAUUGCACUAUAAUAAUGCUAAACGUUAAACAGCUCUUGUGCUUGUGCUAUAGCAAAAAAAAUAGUACAGAUCAAUAAUGUGGCCAUUAAGUAAAUGACAUUAUAAUGAAAGAAGUAUAAAGAACCAUGAGUAUGAUUGAUGUUCACAGGUUAAUUCUUUAACAUGUACUGCCAUAAUUUUAAGCCCUAUAUUUGAAUAUGCUGCAAAUCUUCAACCAGUUGUGACUUAUGUAAAAUUGUGAUUGUAUAUUUGGGAUCAAGGACAUAUAUUAAAAUGAGAUUUUAUUUAAGAUAACACAACAUUUUGAUG